UGCGGCGGACUCGCGCCCAGGUCAUCCAGCCCAAGUCCCCACGUCUCAGAGUCGGUCCCAGUCUCGGUCUCAGUCACCAUCACCAUCACCAUCACCACCACCACCCCUGCCACCGCUGCUGGGCCCCCGGGAGCUGGUGGCGCUGGCGGGGGGGCUGGCGAGGAUGGGGGUUCCCUCCCGAGGCGGCCCGGCGGGGCAACAAGUGUGGCCGCUCAUCUACUCCGCCGCGCGCCUCAUGUGCACCUCCCCCGCCCUCGCCCUCACCGCCAGGACCCGCCGCGGACCCGGCCCCGCCCUCCCUGUAGCGGGGGCGUGGUGGCGGCCGGAGGAUGUCUUCGAGCUGCUGUCGGCUGCCGUACAGGCCUGCAAGCAUGCCUCCGUAACCGCCUCCUCCGUAACCGCCUCCGUCUCGCCCUCCGCCGCGGCCGCAGCUCCUGCUGCUGCUGCUGCGGCCCCCGCUACCGGGGAGGUGCCGGGCGCAGCAACUCCAGG